UCUCAUCAAAUGCGCAACAAGAGUCCAGGGACCCGUCACCCAAGUUUUUCAUUUAGCCCCAUCAAAAUACAUUUUAUCACUCAACACUGCCAGAUUAACUCCAAUAAACCACCGUCUGCACGGCUGACAUGAUAUGAAGACAGUCAUCAGCCGGACCUUUUUGCUGUGAGCAAACAAUGAGAGAGAGCCCAAGGAGACCCAUCAUCCUGAAGAGGAGGAAGCUGCCAUUUCAGAAGAGUGAAUCUGAUGCAGGGUGCGAUGAGGCCGAUGGGCCGCGCUGCAAGACCACCCUGACCCCGUCCACCACCCGCUGCUUCCCCGAUGGCAUCCGCAUGAUGGACCACCCCACCAUGCCGGACACUCAGGUGGUGGUGAUCCCGAAAGCAGCCGAUCUGCAGAGCGUCAUCAGUGCCCUGACGGCCAAAGGCAAGGAGUGUGGCCCACAGGGCCGAAACAAGUUCAUCCUGCUCAGUGGCAGCACCAGUUUGGAGGAGAGCAAAACCCUCGGGUGUCUAUCUACAGAACCCAAGGGUGAUCUCAAGAAAGUGAAAAAGGAGACGGCGUGCUUCCCGCUUGAUGACAGUCUGACCAACAUCCAGUGGCUGGGAAAAAUGAGCUCUGAUGGGCUCGGAUCGGAGUCAAACCAAAAAUGCACCAGCAAGGACAAUCCAAGUGACUGUCAUCAG